AUGGCUUGGAACACCGACCUCCGCUGGCGACUGCCGGCCACCUGCCUGCUCCUGCAGGUCGCCCUGAUCGUCCUGUUUGGGGUGUUCGCGCGCUACGACCCCCACUCGGACGCGCACUGGCCGCAAAAUAAGCGCUCCGGGAACAUUUCCAGCGACCUGGAGAACGAGUUCUACUACCGGUACCCCAGCUUCCAGGAUGUGAAUGCGAUGAUCUUCGUGGGCUUCGGCUUCCUCAUGACCUUCCUGCAUCGCUACGGCUACAGCGCCGUGGGCUUCAACUUUCUGCUGGCGGCCUUCGGCAUCCAGUGGGCGCUGCUCGUGCAAGGCUGGCUGCACUCCUUCGAGAACGGCCACAUCCUUCUGGGCGUGGAGAACCUCAUCAAUGCAGACUUUUGCGUGGGCUCCGUCUGUGUGGCCUUCGGGGCGGUGCUGGGCAAAGUCAGCCCCUUGCAGCUGCUUCUCAUGACCCUCUUCCAAGUGACUCUCUUUUCGGUGAACGAGUUCAUCCUCCUCAAGCUGCUAUGGGUGAAGGACGCAGGGGGCUCCAUGACCAUCCACGUCUUCGGCGCCUACUACGGAUUGAUGGUGACCACGUUCCUGAAACGAUCCAACCUGAGCCAGAGCAAAGCCCGGCAAACUGCCGUGUACCAGUCAGACCUCUUCGCCAUGAUCGGUACCCUGUUCCUGUGGAUAUUCUGGCCCAGCUUCAACUCAGCCGUCUCCAAUCACGGGGACGCACAGCACCGUGCAGCCAUCAACACCUACUGCUCGCUGGCUGCCUGCGUGGUCACCACCGUGGCCCUGUCCAGCACCCUGCACAAGAAAGGCAAGCUGGACAUGGUGCACAUCCAGAAUGCCACCCUGGCGGGCGGUGUGGCAGUGGGCACUGCAGCCGAGAUGAUGCUAAUGCCCUACGGUGCCCUGCUGGCCGGCUUCAUCUGCGGCCUCGUCUCCACCCUGGGCUUCGUCUACCUCACUCCCUUCCUGGAGUCACGCCUGCGGAUCCAUGACACGUGCGGGAUCCACAACCUCCAUGGCCUCCCUGGUAUUAUCGGGGCCAUCGUGGGUGCGGUGACAGCUGCUAGUGCCAGCGUCGAGACAUAUGGAGAGGAAGGGCUCAUCCGUGCCUUCGACUUUGAGGGUGCCAAGCAGAACUGGACGGCCAGCACACAGGGCCAGUACCAGGCUGCGGGUCUUUUUGUGUCCCUGGCGAUGGCCCUGGUAGGUGGAAGCCUCACAGGUUUAGUCCUCAAGUUACCCUUCUGGGGACAAGCUGCAGAUGAAAACUGCUUUGAUGACGCCAUCUACUGGGAGUUGCCCGAGAACCCUGCCUUAACGCCUGAGGACCCCACCCGCAAGCCUCCACAAGAACCCUAA